CAAACAAUAGCAUCCAUACCCGAGCUUUAUAUACUAGAAAUCAUUACUUGUCUCACACCACGUUCAAACAUAUGAUAAACAUGGUUUGGAGUCUUUCAACAUGCGUGUGUUUAUUGUUAGCGACGUCUAAUUUUCCAAAAACGUUUUCAGAAACAGUCAACAGUCAGUGUCCUGACAAAGCGUCAAUGCCUGCCAGCCCGUGUGAACAUACUUGCUCGAGUGACGAGAACUGUGGCCCGGGGCAGAUAUGCUGCCCAGGGAGCUGUCCCCGGGAGUUUGAUCCCCCAAAAUACUACAAUACCUGCUUCGUCCCAAACAUAUGUGAUCAAGGUUUGUGUUUGCACGGAAGCAAGUGCGUGUGGGGCCCAGGCACCCCAGAAAACGGCUACACAUGCGUGUGUCUCCCGGGAUGGUUGGGGAAAAACUGUGAAAAAGAGGUAAACGAGUGCGAAAACUCCCCUUGUAAAAAUGGCGGCACGUGCGUGGACCUUGAGAACGAUUUUACGUGCUGCUGUCCGCCUACAUACGGCGGCAAUAUGUGCGAAAAAGAAAACGUCUGCAAAGACCAUUCUCCGUGUUCUGACAAGCUGUGUCCGCGGUAUCCUAAGGCAAGAUGCCAACUGAAGGCGGUGUUUGUCCUGGAGAAUGGAACCGACGUCACGGACCACUGCUUCGGCGAACUGCCGUAAAGGGCGUGGUAUAUACGGACUGGAACUAGGGUUGAUUGGAGAUGCUUUAUUGUGAAAUAAAAACCGUCAUGGGAUGCGUCA